AUGGAACUAUUGCGACCAGAGAUUAGGUCCAGACUGAGAAGGUUCGGUCUAGCCAUGACUUGUGAGGAACUUAUAAACACAGCCUCCUCCAUCGAAAAAGAUCUGAUUUUGGAAGUUAAUUCUUUAAAAAAACAACUUAUCAAUUUGUCUAGCGCUUCUGGAGGAGUUGAUAAUUUUACCUCUGCCAAUCCGGGAUAUUGCAGUGGUCCUGGCGUGGCUGCUAGACAAGAUAAAUACCAAAGGGGACGACCAUCUUCUUAAAAAGUAUCUUCACAGGAAAACGACUCCCAAGAACAAAGUGUUCAUGAAGAAAACGUUUCUACAAAAGGAAAAGAUUCCGCAGAACAAUGUGUUCAUGAAGAAAACGUUUCUUCAAAAGAAAAAGAUUACCAAGAACAACGUGUUAAUGAAGAUAACAUUUCUUCAAUGGAAAACGUUUCCAAUGAUGUAGGUGGCGAUGGAGAAAAAGUUUCUUCAUGGGAAAAAGUUCCCAAAAGGCAACUUGUUGAGGAGGAAAACGUUUCUUCCGAGGGAAAAGUACCCUUUAAAUCAAAAGUUGAUUCAACAAAAGAGUUUAAUUUGCAAGAUAACGUAGAACAUAGCUCAGAUAAGUGUUUAGAUCAAGAAGUUAUCAUUGAAAAUACACCAAAUAACAAUUUAAUAGAAUUCACAACAGAUAAUACAAAUACUGAAGAAAUGAUCGACUGUCAAGAACAUAGUGCAAAUACUGUUAGUUCUAAUGAAGCUGUUCUGAAGUAA